AUGGCUGAGGAACUGGAUAAACCGUUGCUUGAUCCCGAUAAUUUCAACCGAGAUGGCAUUGAUUUGGAACGUAUACCGUUAGAAGAAGUAUUUGAACAGUUGAGAACAUCAAGAGGAGGACUUUCAUCUGACGAUGCUGAAGCUCGAAUAGAGAUAUUUGGCCCAAACAAACUUGAAGAGAAGAAAGUUGCAUUGUGGUUAUUUAUUUUGACGGGCAAAGAGGCAUUCAAUUUUGUUGCGAAGCCCUUGCUUGCAGAGAAUAAAAUAUUGAAAUUUCUUAGUUUUAUGUGGAAUCCUUUAUCAUGGGUUAUGGAAGCAGCAGCAUUGAUGGCGAUUAUCCUUGCUAAUGGUGGAGGGGAAGGUCCUGAUUGGCAAGACUUUAUAGGGAUUAUAUGCCUACUGGUAAUAAACUCCACUAUUAGUUUUAUAGAAGAAAAUAAUGCAGGUAAUGCUGCAGCAGCAUUAAUGGCUCGUUUAGCUCCUAAAACAAGGGUCCUCAGAGAUGGGCAGUGGCAAGAGCAAGAUGCAGCUGUUUUAGUACCUGGAGAUAUAAUUAGCAUAAAAUUGGGAGACAUAAUUCCAGCUGAUGCUCGCUUGCUAGAAGGGGACCCUCUAAAAAUUGAUCAGGCAACCCUUACUGGAGAAUCUCUACCUGUCACAAAAAGAACUGGUGACGAGGUCUUUUCCGGUUCAACAUGUAAACAUGGAGAGAUUGAAGCUGUAGUGAUAGCAACAGGAGUUCACUCCUUUUUUGGCAAGGCAGCAUACCUGGUUGACAGUACGGAAGUUGUUGGACAUUUUCAGAAGGUCCUUACCUCUAUUGGUAACUUCUGCAUUUGCUCUAUAGCAAUAGGGAUGAUUUUUGAAAUAAUUAUAAUGUUCCCAGUGGAGCAUCGAUCAUACAGGGAUGGAAUCAACAAUCUUCUUGUUCUCCUAAUUGGAGGAAUACCCAUCGCCAUGCCAACAGUAUUAUCCGUUACACUUGCAAUCGGUUCUCACCGACUUUCUCAGCAGGGAGCUAUCACAAAAAGAAUGACUGCAAUUGAAGAAAUGGCAGGCAUGGAUGUGUUAUGCAGUGACAAAACUGGAACUCUUACACUUAAUCGCCUGACUGUUGAUCAAAACCUAAUUGAGGUUUUUAAUAGAAAUAUGGACAAAGAUACGGUUGUUCUACUAGCAGCCAGAGCAGCUAGACUGGAAAACCAGGAUGCCAUUGAUACCGCAGUAGUUAAUAUGCUAGCUGAUCCAAAGGAGGCACGUGCAAACAUCACUGAAGUUCAUUUUUUACCAUUCAAUCCUGUAGAUAAACGUACAGCUAUUACGUAUAUUGAUUCUGAUGGCAAUUUUUAUAGGGCCAGUAAAGGAGCUCCGGAACAGGUAUCAAAAUUCAUUGAAGAUGGUGUUAUAUAA